AAAAAAGUCAGCAAACCGCUCAUCAGCGCUCCGCCUCCCCUCGUUAGGUUCGGGCCGCACAAUGCGGCCCUUGUUGUCGUCGCUGUCUCGUCGCUCAUGCUAUUGUCAUUAGCUUUCUAGUUCACUCUCGGCCGUCUCCACCAGAGGCGGACCCUCUUUGUGUUGCACGCUUUCUCUGGCCCGUGGGUCUCUGAUGUCUUUAUCCAGCAAUGACGGGCACACACUCGCGCAACCGCAGGCUGCCUUUCCUGCACCGGAACUGGAUCAGAGCCACCAACCACUGGAACACUAAGAUGGGAAAUAACGCGUCGUCACCGUCUCGCGACGGUGUCGACAAGUGCGGCAACGGCGAAGAUCGUUGCCAGCACAGCAACAAGCGCCCUCGCAUCGACAACGACUAUGAUGGCUUUCCGCUCUUUGAGCCUUAUGCCACCAUCCCGCGGGCCCUCCGCAUCGAACUCCUCAAGGUCUGCCACAAGGACGCGCCUCGCGUCAAGAAUGGCAUCCUCAACGGCCUAAUUCCACCAAACGUUAAAGACACAAAUCACUUCAGAGUCCGUUGCAGUAUCAAGGUCACGUGCCGUAGAGGUGACGAGGAUGUCGUCUUGCACGCCGACAGCCAGCUGUGCGACGUCAACAUGUUCAAGAACCCCGCCGGCUCUUCUCCAAUGGCCCGCUUCUCCUCCAUCCAGCCCUUCUACAUCCCCGAAGACAAGAUCAGUCUCGAGCGUGACGAGGACAUGGUCUUUGGCCUCGCCAACUCGUACCAGGUGGUAAUCCGGCUCGAGUCCGGCGGUGGUAUUAACUGGCCCCCCAAUGACCUCCUCCCACCCGACAACUCAGCCCAUUGGAAUGACAGACGGCUCCCUCUUCGGCAGUGGGCGUUCACCGCCACCAUUGUCGACAUAUACAACCGCAACCGCAAAACCAUUCGACUGAAGCUGAAGAAGACUUCCCAGAGCGACGAGAUGACUGAUUUUUCCAUAGACGUUGAUGUCCGCUGGUUUACGCCAGUUUCCACCCAGCUUGCGCGUGGGAAGGAUAUCAAGCAGUCCAUCACAGUGUCUGCCCGGAACGAGACCGUGCUGCCCCCAGUUAACGGUGUUGUGAACGGAAAUUCACCCACAAAGGUCGUGAACGGUGUGAACGGCAUCGAUAUCGGUGUUAAUGGCGUAAACGGUGCCUACAGGCACCAGCAAGACCACCUAGAUGACUACGGCCUCGAAUACCUGGCUAAUGGAGAGGCAGAUAAGCUCUCGAGUGAGAUUACAAAUGGUACUUUUUCAGAGCUCCCCGACGACUUGGCCGAGGGCGAAGUGACGCCAAGUCGAACCAGACGGCCGAGGCCAGAAAUCAACUACAACGUCAAGCACAUCUGGAACACCGCCGUUGGGAAGGAGCCCAAGAAACGGCGGAGGUUAGACGACGAGAUUGAUCAGCCUGACGAGCAGUCCAUCACAUAUGUGCUUCCACCCGAGCAAGUACACACCGAGAAGCUCGCGUGUCUGAUUUGCGGUGCGGAGAACGAGCGGAUCAGCCAGCUACGAGCUCAUUACCAGAGCCACCCGCAGUAUGACUUUUAUUUCCAACCCCGGGACGCCCGGACGAAGGGAGAGUUCAGGGUUCAGGUCACGCCAAGUGCCACUGAUCUUGCCCAAGCACUCCGGCCAAAAGUUUAUCAGCUCGGUCUCCCAGUCAAGCCACUUGACCUAGAUAAAUAUGUUGAGGGCGACCUCUCAUGGGUCACGUCUCGUCUGGGCCCCGAUGACGAUCACGAGAUUAUUGAAAAAUUUGUCCCGGCGAGGGCUCCUAAGAAAUUCGCCAGCAAGCGGUCAAAGAAGAAGAUAGUGGUACCCAACAUCAAACAGCCGCUUUUCGACCCGCUAAGCAAAGCACAGCUUGUGCCAGGCGCUGAAAUCCGCCAGCACCCGGUAGACGAUUCAUGGCUUCUUCUCAAACAUCGUGAUAGCUUGCAAGACUUUGUUGACGUCGAGCCCGGGGAGAAGGAGUACAUGCAGGAAUGGGACUCGUUUGUCUUGAACAAGCACAUCUCUUCUGAGCAGUACCUGCCGCGCGUCUUCGUCGGCUUUUCGAAGGAGAAAGCGGGCUGGAUUGUGUCCAAACGGAGUCGGUUGGAGGAGUUCAGUAAGCAUGUUUCGAUGUUGCUGGCAAGGCGAGCCAUCAACGAGGCAUCCAUUUUCGAGGCCACCAAGAGCAUCAACGAGGCGAGGACCAAAAAUUCUGGCGAGGCGCCCAAAGUACUACCCAGGCAUAAUGUUACGGGCGGGUGCAAUGCCUGCGGCAAACCUGUGCCGGUAUCGGCAAUGUUGUCCUGCUCUAACAAGGCGUGCAAAAAACGUCUGUACCACGUGGAUUGCGUGGACGGUGUGGACGAGGAAGUUUUGGAAGAGAAAACUUGGGUGUGCGGCAAGUGCUCCUAGAGCUAGUCUGCUCAACUAAGGAAUAUAUGCCGGAAGCCGUGGCACAAAUAAGUUGGCAUGCAAAGCCAUCCAAAAACAGGAACUACGUCGUCUCAGGGACGAGGCAGACAGGCAUUAAUAUCCGAGAGAAGGGAGAUAGGAGAAGACAUACGCAAUAUGUAAU